AUGGCGAUCAUCUCCGAGGACAUCAUGCAGGAGGACGAGGCGUCGCCGCAGCCGCAGCAGCAGCAGCAGGCGCCGGCCGCCCUGAAGGACAACAGCUCCAUGGAGGUGGAGAAGAAGGAGAAGGAGGAGGAGAGCAAGGGGAGGCAGCCAAACUCCGGCAACGGCCUCGACCUGGACACCUACUCGUGGUCGCAGCAGCUGCCGGAGGUGAACCUCACCGUCCCCGUCCCCGAAGGGACCAAGGGCAGGUCCGUCGUCUGCGAGAUCAAGAAGGACCACCUCAAGGUCGGGCUCAAGGGCCAGCCUCCCAUCAUCGACGGCGAGCUCCACAAGCCCGUCAAGGUCGAGGACUGCUUCUGGAGCAUCGAGGACGGGAGGUCGCUGUCCAUACUGCUCACCAAGCGCAACCGGAGCGAGUGGUGGAAGACCGUGAUCAAGGGCGACCCGGAGAUCGACACCCAGCGCGCCGAGCCGGAGAGCAGCAAGCUCUCGGAUCUGGACCCGGAGACGAGGCAGACCGUGGAGAAGAUGAUGUUCGACCAGCGCCAGAAGCAGAUGGGCCUGCCCACCAGCGACGAGAUGCAGAACCAGGACAUGCUCAAGAAACUCAAGUCCCAGUACCCGGACAUGGACUUCUCCGGGAUGAAGAUGCCUUCUUAGAUUGUCUCUUAGCUGGAGCCUAGAGGAUCUAAGGCGAUAAUGCCGAAGAUUUUAGAUGGAGAUAAUUGCUUCUACUACCUUAAUUAGUACUCGUACUUUGCUAUUUCGGUGUCUUGUGGUUUAGUGUUUGUUUAUUGAAGUCUAUUAUUGUGACUGUAAAAGUAUGCGCUAUGCUUCGGAAAUAGUAUAAGUGAACUAUGCUUUGA